CCUCAGUUUAGAGGAAGAAGUGGGAGCAAUGGCGCUAAAAGAAGGGAAGGUGAAGAUCGAGAGGUCCGAUGGCAGAGACUUCGGGUUUUGGAAGAUGCAGAUGGAGGACUAUCUAUACCAAAAGAAGUUGUAUCAACCCUUGACAGGGAAGAAGCCAAACGACAUGAAGCAGGAAGACUGGGAUCUGUUAGAUCGACAGGCCCUUGGUGUGAUCAGAUUGACGUUAUCCAAAAAUGUUGCCUUCAACAUUGUGAAUGAGAAGACUACUGCAGAUCUGAUGAAGGCAUUAUCAAAUAUGUACGAGAAGCCAUCUGCCGCCAAUAAAGUACAUCUGAUACGACGUCUAUUCAAUCUCAGAAUGGGAGAAGGUAACUCUGUAACUGAACACAUUAAUAGCUUUAAUACAAUUAUUUCGCAGCUAUCGUCAGUGAAGAUUACCUUUGACGACUAAUUGAUGGCCUUGAGUCUGUUACAAUCCUUACCGGAUAGUUGGGCUGCAACUGUCACUGCGGUUAGUAACUCCGCAAGGGAUAACAAGCUGAAGUUUGAUGACAUCAGAGACCUGAUCUUAAGCGAAGAUAUUCACAGGAAAGAUUCAGGAGAGUCUUCAAACACUUCCGGUUCAGCAUUGAAUACUGAAAGUAGAGGAAGAGGUAGCCAGAAGAGUCACAAUCAAAGCCAAGGCCGAGGCAGAUCAAAAUCAAGAGGCAGAAGUCAGACAAGAGUCAGGAAUGACAUCACUUGCUGGAAUUGUGACAGAAAAGGUCACUUCACCAAUCAAUGCAAAGCCCCAAGGAAGAAGAAAAAUUACCAAAAGAGGCAAGAUGAUGAUGAAUCUGCUAAUGCAGCAACUGAGGAAGUAGCAGACGCAUUAAUUUGCAGCUUGGAUAGUCCUGUUGAUUCAUGGGUUAUUGAUUCAGGUGCAUCUUUUCAUACUAUUCCUUCAAAAGAAUUAUUAUCUAACUAUAUAUGUGGAAAGUUUGGAAAGGUUUAUCUUGCAGAUGGAAAACCACUUGAUAUUGUGGGAAGAGGUG